AUGAGGUCUGAAAGGGACCAAACGACCGCGGGCAAGGAGAAAAGCGUCGUGGAGAUCCAGUUCAGAGACGCCCCGAGGGAGCAGGAGAGCAGUCCCGCUCACCUGAAGCCAAAAGAGGAGAAGAAGGAGGUCUUCACUAAGGUGGUGAUCCGGAGGCUCCCACCGAACCUGUCCAAGGAGCAGCUGGAGGAGCAGCUCAGUCCGCUCCCGUCCUACGACUAUUUUGAGUUCUUUCCGGCCGAUCAAAGUCUCUACCCCCACCUGUUCUCCAGGGCGUAUGUCAAUUUCAAAAACCCUGAAGAUAUCCUCCUGUUCAGAGAUCGAUUCGAUGGCUACGUCUUCAUCGACAACAAGGGCCAGGAGUAUCCGGCCGUGGUGGAGUUUGCCCCCUUCCAGAAAAUCUCAAAGAAGAAGCUGAAAAAGAAAGAUGCCAAAGUCGGGAGCAUCGAAGAAGACCCAGAGUACAAGCGGUUCUUGGAGAAUUACUCCUGUGAUGAGGAGAAGUCGAUGGCCAAUCCGGAAACUCUGCUGGGAGAGAUAGAGGCCAAGACCCGAGAGCUCAUAGCCAAAAGGACGACGCCGCUGUUGGAGUACAUCAAAAAUAAGAAAAUCGAGAAACAGAGGAUCAGAGAGGAGAAGAGGGAGGAGAGGAGGAGACGGGAGCUGGAAAAGAAACGACAGAGGGAGGAGGAGAAGAGGAAGCGGCGGGAAGAGGAUAGACGCAAGCGGAAGGAGGCGGAGAAGCAAAAGCUCUCCGACAAAGACAUCAAAAUCAAGCUCUUGAAGAAGAGCGACAGGGACGACGACGUGGACUCAGACCAGACGAAGGACAAAAGUGACGCCGGAGAGACGGACAGGUGCAAAUGGGAGAAGGCGGGAGGACAAACGAAGACGAAGGACCCCAAAGAAAAGGGUCAACCCGAGAGCGACAAGGAGCAGAGAGAGCAGCACGGCCGCAGGCAGAGAGACAAGGACCACCGGGGCAAGGACGAGGAGAGGAAGCGGCAGCGGCACCACUACGAGUUCGACAAGUUCAUGCGGCGCCGAGACGAGACCAAGUGGGGGAAGGGCUACUGCCAGGACCGAGCCAAGAAGGAGGGGCACCAUCACCAUGGUUACUCCUACUGCCCCGACGGGGGAGACAAACUGGGUAAAGAGGACAGGGAGGACCUGGCUAACAGGAAGGAACGCCUCCGAAACAAGGUGAGCGAGAAGGACCGACCCGCCAUGCAGCUCUACCAGCCCGGCGCGCGCAACAGGAAGCGCAUGAGCUCCGCCGGCAAAGGCUACGACUGCACCCCCGCGGGCCACUCCCCCGAACCCGGAGCGGAGCACGGCUACGAGGCGGUCGCCAUGGCAACGGGCCCGCUGGAGAAGGACUUUGAGAAAAGCAAAGAGGAUCAGUGAGCAGUCUGGAUGUUAUAUAUAUAUAUAUAUAUAUAUAUAAAUUAUAGAAACAGCCUAUUCAGCCGAAGAUGAUGGUGGCAGAUUUGACAAGUCGUCAUUGAGCUUUUUAAAAAUCAAACACUCCAAUGAGCGAGAGAAGCACUUCAAAAGCAAACGCGUCGUUCGGUGUAACAGACUCAGAGCUGAGGAUGCCGGUCGAGCUUUUACGUUUUGCUGCAGAGCAGGAACAAUUUUAGUGGUCACUAAAUAGUUUGUCUCACUGUUUAGGCUUCAGAGAAUCCUUGGAAUGAACCAUGUGGAUAAUACUGAGAAAGAGGAGGGGGUGGGGGAGGAUAGAUCCAGCAGGAGCUAAGAGUAGCCGUGGACAGACAGACACAGAGAUUCUCUCUCACACACACACACACACACACACAUACACACACACACACACAUACACACACACGCAUACACACACACCACCCAAUACAUGUUCUCUUGGCGGAUAUAACAAUGCUAGUGACCUUAAUCAUAGCACAACCAGUCGGUGUGUCCCUGUCAGCUCACCUGUCGUAUCCAUCGUCAGACCCCCCCUCCCCCCCUCCCCUAGCAACAGAUCUUGUUACUAUGCCUUUGUAGUCUCCGCUGAAUCUGGAUGUUUUUACUAAUCCUCUCAAUGUUAUCAAAAUGAAAUAUAUAAUGUGAGUAGGACUUACAAACAAUUGAUGUCGGACAUUUCACAGAUGAAGUCCUGUGUGUAUUUGUGUGCAUGUGGAGGCGAGCGAGUGAGUUGGGACAAGAGUUAUUAUUGAUAAAAAUAAGAACAAUGCUUUACCUGUUUUUUUUCCUAAAUCGUUGUCAUCCAACAGAGAUAUUUUGUUUUUGUGAGCAAAGCUUUGUACAUAACCCCCCAUGAGCCUAGGAAGAACACACUCUCUUUGUACGAAUAGAUAAAUAUAUAUAUAUAUAUUGUUUAUAUAUAUAUAUAAAUAUUUAUAUAGAUUUAUAUAUAUAUAUAUUAAAUAUAUAUAUAUAAAUAAAGCAUUUCCUAGAAAUAACAUGUACAGUUGCAAAGUAUGACACUCAUAUGAAAACAGUUUUCUACGCUAUGUGCAUUGUUUUCUAUUCAUUCUGUCAAGUAAAUAUAUAUCUAUAAAAAAAAGCUACGAGUAUUUAUUCAAUAAUAUGUCUGUUGAACAAGCCUUAUAUUAUUUUUGCACACCACCUAACAUUUGUCAAUACAUCUUGUGUCAUGAAGUGUUUUUUUUUCUUUUUCUUGAGAAAAAUAAAGCUCUAGUACCGUAUAAAGAGACUAAAUCAGUGCGUCAGUCAUUGUGACGGUUUGGGUGGAGCAGCAUUCGUCUGCAGCGCCGCCCACACAGCACAUUCAGUGACGGCAGAUAUGAGGCGAGUACCUUGCAACACACUAUGAGCAAACACACGUGAACACGCAGCCGUAUCUUUAGUAUCUUUGGACAAUAAACAACACUGUGCAGCCCUUUUUAUUGAUUUGUCCAAGGCUUUCAACACUGUCGAUCACCUCGAGUUCUCUUGAUAUAAUAAAAGGUGUGCCACAGAGUUCAGUCCUUGGACCACUUUUAUUCACAAUUUAUAUUAACAGUAUCGGUCAAAAUGUGCCAAAUGCCAAUUUUCACUUUUAUGCAGACGACACUGUCAUUAACUGCUCUGCUCCUACACAGCAUCAGGCUCUCUUACACUUAAAAACAGCCUUCGAUACUGUGCAACACUCUUUUAAUGAGUUGAAAUUAUUGUUGAAUCCUGAUAAAACGAAGUUGAUGAUGUUUACAAACUCAAAAACAAAGCCAUUAAACCUUCCAGCUAUGAUUUCAUUUCAGGGCAAAGUGAUUGAGUCUGUAUCAUCAUAUAAAUACCUGGGAUUCUUGAUUGAUGACUCUCUCUUUUAAACCUCAUAUUCAGCAACUUGUUAAGAAGUUGAAAGUGAGGCUGGGUUUCUAUUUCCGAAAUAAGUCUUGCUUUUCUUUUAAUGCUAAAAAGAGACUUGUUGCUGCUACUUUUAUGCCUGUGAUUGAUUAUGGUGAUGUCUUAUAUAUGCAUGCAUCUUCUCAAUGUUUCCACUCCUUAGAUACUGUCUACCAUGGAGAAUUGAGGUUCAUCACUAAUCUUAAGGCUCUGACUCACCAUUGCUCCCUGUAUGCGAGGGUUGGUUGGACUCCUCUGUCCAUCCAGAGACAAAAUCAUUGGCAUGUCCUUAUUUAUAAGGCUAUUCUCCACGUACUUCCAUCGUAUCUUUGGACGCUAAUUCAGCUGAAAAACCCUGGAAGCUACCAUCUUCGCUCUGUGACCUCUGCUCAAGGCCUCCUCUUGCUCUCCGUCCCUCACGUCCGUUUGGAAAUGGGGAAAAGAGGUUUUAAGUUUGCUGCUCCUGCGGCUUGGAAUUUGCUGCAGACAGACCUGGGUCUCC